GAAGUUAGCUUUAUUGUUGUUUUUCUGCCCAGUCUCUUCUGACAUCAUUGCUGGUGGUACGUCUUCUUAUAUGACAUACACGACAGGAAGUACAACCUGCUCCGUGACCUUUACACAGCGACUUCCUGUUCUCCGACUAAAAACAAGGAGGGCUAAUUCUUAGAAUUUGUUGAAAAGCAGAGAGAAAAACUGUGUUGUAUUCCAAACACCAGCACGGUUCUAUUCAUAAAAUGGCGCAUAUCACAAUAAACCAGUACCUGCAACAGGUACUUGAGGCCAUAGAUACAAGGGAUGGAACUUUCUGUGCAGAGUUGCUGUCAUUCAAGCACCCCCACGUGGCAAAUCCAAGGUUACAGCUAGCAAACCCAGAAGAAAAGUGCCAGCAAGUACUAGAGCCUCCUUAUGAUGAAAUGGUUGCUGCUCAUUUAAGGUGUACAUACGCAGUGUCUAAUCAUGACUUUGCAGAAGCAUACAAAUGCCAAACUGUUGUGGUUCAAUCAUUUUUAAAGGCUUUCCAAGCUCACAAAGAAGAAAAUUGGGCAUUGCCAAUGAUGUAUUCUGUGGCGCUAGAUCUUCGGAUUUUUGCCAAUAAUGCAGAACAGCAGCUAUCCAAAAAAGGAAAGGGCAAAGUGGGAGACAUGCUUGAAAAGGCAGCUGAACAAUUGAUGAGCUGCUUCAGAAUCUGUGCCAGUGACAACCGUGCCGGCAUUGAUGACUCUAAAAAGUGGGGGAUGUUGUUUCUCAUCAACCAGCUCUUCAAAAUUUACUUCAAGAUUAACAAGUUGCACUUAUGCAAACCUCUCAUCAGGGCUAUUGACAGCUCAAACCUGAAGGAUGAGUAUAGCAUGGCACAGAGGGUGACCUACAAAUACUAUGUGGGCAGGAAAGCAAUGUUUGACAGUGAUUUCAAACAAGCGGAGGAGUACCUUUCCUUCUCCUUUCAACACUGUCAUAGAUCCAGUCAAAAGAACAAGCGGAUGAUUCUCAUUUACCUUUUGCCCGUGAAAAUGCUUCUGGGCCAUAUGCCAACAAACCAGCUCUUGAAAAAAUAUGACCUUCUACAGUUUGCUGAUGUCACUAAAGCUGUUAGUGAAGGAAAUCUACUGCUCCUGAAUGAUGCCCUGGCAAAACACGAGGCCUUCUUCAUUCGCUGUGGCAUCUUUCUCAUUCUCGAGAAACUAAAAAUCAUCACCUACAGGAACUUCUUUAAGAAAGUGUAUCAGUUGCUUAAAACCCACCAGUUGCCACUAGAUGCUUUUCUCGUUGCCCUCAAAUUCAUGCAGGUGGACGAUGUGGACACUGAUGAAGUUCAGUGCAUUUUAUCUAAUCUGAUCUACAUGGGACACAUCAAGGGGUACAUUUCUCACCAACAUCAGAAGCUUGUUGUCAGCAAACAGAAUCCAUUCCCCCCACUGUCCACUGUGUCCUAGUGCAACAAAUCAGACUUUUACUGCAAUUUUUAUUGUCAUGUGAAAGACCAUUAUUGAACAGUUUUUCAGAAUGACAUUGUAUUGUUGAGUGAUAUUUUUAAUUAUAUGUGAAUAAACAUAUUUUCUUGUUA